GCCCCGCAUCCUCGAGCAUCAUUGGACUACCAUCCGCGUCAGCACUUACUAGCAGAAAACAACAUGCCAAGGAUCACGCCUUUCUCAUUGUAGCACAUUACAAAUCCUUCAAUCCUUCCGGGAGUUAGAAAUCAACCAUGCAUCCUUAUAAAUCAAUCACGAAGAUGGACCAUAAAUAUAACCCCUGCAUACUUCUCAUGGACUACAAUCUGAAAUAAUCUUCACAAUUAAACUCCCUCUAUCAUAAACUAGCCCAUUGCAAUGUCAUCCCCAAACAUCGAUCUCUAUACGGCAGGCACCGCCAACGGAUUCAAAGUCAGCAUUCUCCUCGAGGAGCUGGGUCUCCCCUACAAAACCCAUGCGUUGGAUCUUGGUGCCAAUCAGCAAAAAGAAGAAUGGUUCCUCAAAAUCAACCCCAACGGCCGCAUCCCCGCCAUCACAGACGGCGAGACCCGGGUCUUUGAAAGCGCUGCCAUCCUGCUCUACCUCGCCGACAAGUACGACACCGAGCGAAAAUUCAGCUACGCCCCGGGGACCGCGGAAUACGCCGAACAAUUGAGCUGGCUGAUGUGGCAGAUGGGAGGGCUGGGGCCUAUGCAAGGACAAGCGAACCACUUCGCAGCCUUUGCCACGGUGCGCUCCGACUACGGCAUCCAAAGGUAUACAGACGAGACGAAGCGGCUGUACUCUGUUCUGGAAUUGCGACUGCAGGAAUCGCCGUAUCUAGCCGGCGACAAGCUCACCAUCGCUGACCUGGCCAGUUACCCGUGGGUGAUGGCUGGUCCGUUGGUUUUGGACUUGGAUCUAGCGGAGUGGCCGGCGUUGAAGAAAUGGAGUGAUUCGAUUGCUGAGAGAGAGGCCGUUCAGAAGGGGUUGAAGAUUCCGCCUCCGAGGGUGCCCCUGGAUCAGAUGGCUGAGUUUCUAGCGGGGAAGAAGAGGGAGAUUUUGGCGAGGGAGAAUACGGAUAAGCAUUGAUUUCGGAUGAUAUGAUUAUGGUUUGAUGGGGUAUUAAAUUGGUUAAAACCGACGAAGACACUUUUGUCGUGGUAUGAAAUGCACAGACAGAGCAAAGGGCAGAGAGAUAAUCAUAUGUCCGCCAGCAGAUUG